UCCCAAAAGAAUUGAAGAUAUCGUGUAUUUUUAAAGGAAAAUUAACCAUUAGAUACAAGUAAAAUAUUCAACAUCUAAAACGAAUUGUGCAAAAUGUUGAUGCAUCGACGAAAAAAUCAACGGCCCAAUAUUUUUCGAAUUAAAAUGAAGCACCCGAAUGUUAUAGCUGUUCCUGGGGUUAACCAACAAAAUGAAGCUGCAAAAACACGCAUUGCUGGCGUUUGGUCCGAGUUUUGUACGCAUAGUUCAAUUCAUUGCAUUUCCUAUUUUGUUGAUCGCAAACGACAUUGGAUUGAACGUGUUUGGUGGAUAUGUGCAUUCUUGCUUCUGGUAUGCCUGUGCAUAAAUUCCAUCUUUAGCGUUUGGUGGAGAUGGCGAGAGAAUCUUGUAAUUAUAAGUCUCUCGCAUAAACCAAUGUCAAUUGGUGAGGUGCCAUUUCCAGCGAUGACAAUAUGUCCAGAAACGAAGACAUGUGCAAGAAUUUUCAAUUAUACUGAUGUGUAUCGGUCGAUGUUUAAAUUGGACGGUGCAAAGUCCAGAAACAUUAGUGAUGAAGAAUUGCAAUUGAUGAAGAUCAUCAAUCAAAUAUGUGAAGAGAGUCGUCAAGAGCGCGUGUUUAAAUUUUUCACCGAUGAAUAUUCCGAUCCCAAUAUUUUGUCGACGAUCAGCAGAAUGGCACCCAAGUUUGAAGACACGGUGGUUCGAUGUCGGUUGUUUGACGAGUGGAAAAGCUGCGACAAAUUCCUUUAUCCGACCAUUACAGAAGAGGGCCUGUGCUAUUCAUUCAACGCGCUGAGCAUGGAGGAAAUUUUCACGAAUGAGUUUGCCCCAGAUUUCUUCGACAUUUCACGAAAUCAGUCAUUUUCAAAUUGGAACAUGGAAUUUGGUUAUAGCCUUCAGCCAAAAGAUAUUGAACCAUAUCCAAUUCGAGUUUAUGGCACGGGAAAACAGUCCAGUUUCACCGUUUUGCUUCGCAUUCACAACGAAGAUAUCGAUCACGUGUGUGGCGGUGCUAUCCAAGGGUUCAAACUAACAUUCCAUCCACCACACGAAGGCCCACAGAUUUCAAAACGAUAUUACCAUGUAUCACCUGGACGAACGAUGCUGUUUACAAUCAGUCCAAAUUUGAUUCUUACAUCACCGGAUGUUCGGAAGUACAGUCCACAAGUUCGCGGUUGCUUUUUCGAUUCGGAGCGUCGUUUGCGCUUCUACAAAAUGUAUACGCAACGUAAUUGUGAAAUGGAGUGUCUCUCUAAUUUCACUCUGGCCCAAUGUGGAUGCGUUGAAUUUUCUAUGCCACGAUCAAAAUUCUGGCGCAUUUGUGGCGCAUCCAAAAUUGAUUGCAGCAUUAUGGCCGCUAAUAACAUAUUUCCAACGGGCUCAUAUGACAAUUGCAAUUGUUUACCGGCUUGUAAAUCUCUGAUUUAUGAUGCAGAUAUAACGCAAGCUGAUUACGAUCUUGUUAGCUUCUAUUCGAAGUCAAGCUAUCAGCCGAACUUUUCGUUCCACGACUCAACCUUCAGUCGCGUGGUGAUAUCAUUCAAAGAGGAGCUAUUUACACCAUCAAGACGUUUGGAAUAUUAUAAUUUUUCCAAUUUUUUGGCCAACUCAGGCGGAUUGUUUGGAUUGUUUAUGGGCGCAUCCCUGUUGAGCUUCAUUGAACUAAUUUACUAUUUUACACUUCGUGUCUUUUUCACCCGACGCAAACAAAAGCGAAUCCAUGAUGCGGACAGCAACACAUCGCUAUCGUUGAAAAAACAAAAUAAAAAGAUGGAACUUUUGAAAAAACGUUUGGCCAUUCCCUCAUAUUAACAACCACACUUCUUCAACUUGAAUCCACAGUUUUUUUGUUAUGCAUAGUAUGUAGCACAAAGUAGUAUGCACAAAGUCUGGUUC